AUGACACAAUUGAAAUCAUUUCAUCUUUAUACACAAUUCAAUAAAGAACCUGUGAAUGUCGAAAGUUUCUUAUCAACAUUUCAAACUCAAUUUUGGUUUGAUCAUCAUUGGACAUUUGGAAUACAUGAAACAUAUUUAUAUACGAUACCAUUUCACUUUGACAACAUGAAAGAUUUUAUUGAGUUCGAUCAAAUUAAAUCGAAUAAUUCAGUGAUUUUAAAUUCUUCAAAGACAUGGUCUCAUGUGAAAUCGAUUGGAUCUUCUAACUCUUCCAAAUUCAGUUUAAAUCUAAUAAAACAACUGAAAUCAAAAAUGCCAAAUUUAGCAUCAAUUACCUUUAGUUUUAAACUGAUGCGUAAUUUAUUUACAAAUGAUAAUGAAACAAAUCAAACCGACAUAACAUUAGAUAGUGUCACCACUGUUCACUGUGAAAUUGAUGAUCUUAAAACUAUUAAACGAUGGUUAAUUAAUAUCUUCCCAAAUACUAGAAUUCUAAUAUUAUCUUUUAGUGUUUACUCGGUCUCACUUUCACCAAACAAAAUGAUAUUUUCACAAGAACUUGAUGAAUGUUUUCGUGGAACAGAUUAUAUGCAUUUCAUUAAGAUUCAAUAUGUUGAGGUCAAGCUUACAUUCAGAGAUUUAGAUUAUAUAAAUGAACAUACAACAAGACUUGUUAAGGAAUUAUUGACAAUGUUUAAAAAUCUUCAAUCUUUUAUAUUUCAUUUUCACCAUAUGUCUGAUUUUCUCCGUAUGAGUUCAUUUACUGAUCUCAGCAAAAUAAUUCAAUUGUUAAAUAUGGAGAAAGUUUCUGAAAAAUAUCAAAUCAAACAUAUUCAUAACUAUUUGCAAUUUGUUAGAAAGAAUGAUGAAUAG